AUGGGCAGAAUAAACUCUUGUAAUCUUAUGAAUUUGUAUUCUGAUGGCAUGGUCCAAUCUACAAGGGGUGGUAUGAGAGUGUAUGGAAAGCUGGAUAGAGCUCUUUGCAACGAUGUAUGGAAGCUACUUUUCCUGAACUUGAAGGUAAAAAAAGUGCUUACUAGAGUUGAUUUCUCUUAUCAUCAUUUGAUUGUAAUUACUCUGCAAAAUGAUGAUGACAAGAGGGAUAAAAACUAUGAUUUCAAGUUUGAAUGUGCCUGGGUCCUUGAGGAAUCUUAUGAGGUGCUCACUGAAGCGUGGAAAGAUGAAGGUAAUUUGAUUUCCAAGUUGGAGGAAGUCGAGAGAAAUGCUCGAAAGUGGAAUUAUCAUACAAUUAGGAGCCUCGCGCAAAAGAAAAACAACAUAUCGAACCAGAUAUGUGGAGUUCAGAAAAUUAACCAAGCUCACAAUUGGCACGCAGGUCUUAAUAAGUUGGAAAUAAAGCUGCAGAUUGAGCUAGAUAAGGUGCUUCAUCAAGAAGAGCUUAUGUCGUAUCAACGUUCAAAAAUGGAUCGGUUGAUUGAAGGAGACCGCAACACGCGUUUCCUCUUUUUAAAAGCUUUGAGCAGAAGGCAAAGGAAGAAUAUUAACAUGAUAAAGGAUAUUGUAGGUGCAUGGAUUGAAGAUCUCGUGCUCAUCAAAAAUCAGUUCAAUGAAUGCUUUCAGACCAUUUAUACGCCUGAUGUGGAGGUCGUAGAUUGGCAUCAGACCACAAUGUUUUCCCUAUUCUUACGAAGGAGUGGCUUGAGCAGCUUCAUGAAGGUUUGA